AUGGAUGUCCCAGGCGGGGUCGUAAUACAAACCAAGGUGCAAAAAUUAAUGUUUGAGAGGUGGGGCGAGACACUCGCAAUGGAUUUCACGCAUGGCACCAACAAUCUGGGGUAUCACUUGGAAUGGCGGGAACGGAUGGAAACGUAUCCAGAAGCCAAAGUUGUGCUGUGUCAGUUCCACGUAAUUGCUUAUUGGAAGACCGUAAUGAAGCGAUCAACCUUCCGUUUGACUUUUUCUCAACGGGAGACCUCAUCGUAUUGA